GUCCAUUUCCACAGGGCAGAAUUCUGAUCAGAGGCCGAGAGAAAGAAGAAGAAGAUGACACCGCAUCAAUGGGGGUCUCCGUGCGGCCACCAAUGCACGCACAAGUACGCAGCUCUUAUGCAGAUUCCAUUUUUGACCCAAUUUUGCGUUUUUAGUGGCGGAAUUUUCCUGGUGAAUUGGGGUUGGAGUAAUGUUUGCUUUAGGGCGAGUAUUUUGCAAAAAGGGGUGCGAUGCGGAUGGAGAGACUUGGGAAGAAUGCUUGGAGGAGUGCAAUGUGAUAUGCUAUAAGGAUCCUGUUUUAAAGGACCAGCAAUGGAGUGCUUGCAUUGACCGUUCUCCCGGAGUUGACAGGUACUCAGAGGAGUGUUUUCAUGCUUGUGUAUCUGGUUGCGGUUUCAAGUUUGAUAAAAAUCCAGACAUAGCUGAUAAAGUUCGUCCAAACAGGCCGCCUAAGCCUCCCCCUGUUGAAAAGCCACCCGCCCACCCUGCUGAACCCAUGGCAACGACCGACGACAUACUUAGCACUUCUGCAUAGUGAGAGACAGACCUAACUAUACUACAAAAUAGAUACAUUUAUAGUUAGUUGAUAGUUUGCAGGAUUUAAUUUUCUUUUUGCUAUUUAUAUGCCUUUCGCGUCAACUAACAUCCAGGCUUCCAGAUUUUUUUACUGUAGACUGGAUCCCCAUUCUAUUGUACUGGAGUUGGAGACAAUUUGAGAUUGAGAUCCACUCCGGAUCCCUAUGUCCGAAGCUCACUGACCAAGAGAAUGGAUCACUUAAUUUCACUCCUAUUGGCCCCUAUUAAUUCAUCACACUGGCCCACUUUACAAAAACUCAAAAUUUGAACGGUUCGGAUCUCUCGGUUUAUGGGCUUCAGACACAAAGAUUUGGAAUGGAUCUCAUUCCAUUUAAUUGUUAUUGAUAUAUUUGCAAGUUCAAUGGUAGGAAAAAUGUUUGAGAA